AUGCUGACCCGCCUGUUCAGCGAGCCCGGCCUCCUCCCCGACGUCCCCAAGUUUGCCAGCUGGGGAGACGACGGCGACGACGACGAGCCCAGGAGUGAAAAGGGUGACACGCCGCCCCAGCCGCCGCCUCCACCACCUGGACCUGGGGCUGGAGUUCCGGGGCCCGUCCGCCCCCCAAAACCGGGCCCUCUUCGUGGCGAAGACCCCCCGGACCCUGCGCUGGGCGAGGCCAAGGACGACGGCGAGUUGGGGGGCGAGGAGGAGGAGGAAGAAGAGGAGGAGGAAGGGCUAGACGAGGCAGAAGGCGAGCGGCCCAAGAAGCGGGGGCCCAAAAAGCGGAAGAUGACCAAGGCGCGGCUGGAGCGCUCCAAGCUGCGCCGGCAGAAGGCCAACGCGCGCGAACGCAACCGCAUGCACGACCUCAACGCGGCGUUGGACAACCUGCGUAAGGUCGUGCCGUGCUACUCCAAGACGCAGAAGCUGUCCAAGAUCGAGACGCUGCGCCUGGCCAAGAACUACAUCUGGGCGCUCUCUGAGAUCCUGCGCUCUGGCAAGCGGCCGGACCUGGUGUCCUAUGUGCAGACAUUGUGCAAGGGCCUGUCGCAGCCCACAACCAACCUGGUGGCCGGCUGCCUCCAGCUCAACUCGCGCAACUUCCUCACAGAGCAAGGCGGCGAGGGGGCUGGACGUUACCACGGCUCGGGAGGCCCCUUCGCUAUGCACCCCUACCCAUAUCCCUGCUCGCGGCUCGCCGGAGCGCAGUGUCAAGCAGGCGGCGGGCUGGGCGGCAGUGCCACGCACGCCCUGCGGACUCACGGCUACUGUGCGGCCUACGAGACGCUGUACGGGGGCGGGGGCGGGGGCGCCUCCCCCGACUACAACAGCUCGGAGUACGAGGGGCCGCUGAGUCCCCCGCUCUGCCUCAACGGUAACUUCUCCCUCAAGCAGGACUCGUCCCCGGACCACGAGAAAACCUACCACUACUCUAUGCACUAUUCCGCCCUGCCCGGCUCCAGGCCAGCUGGCCACAGCCUGGUCUUCGGCUCCUCGGCCGUGCGCGGGAGCGUCCACUCGGAGAAUCUUUUGUCUUACGAUAUGCACCUUCACCACGACCGAGGCCCAAUGUAUGAGGAACUCAAUGCAUUUUUCCAUAAUUGA